GGAACCUUCAAUGAGCUUAGCUUACUACGAUACGAUGUGCACCGCAUUAGCUGAAUGGAUCUGAUCUCCACAUGUGAGAUCUUUGAGUCCGUUGCUACCUCUUCAUUCACCUCCCUCCGCAUCUGCCGGCCUGGCGACGCGAGGGCGCUGCGAUGCUUCGGCUGAUCUUCUCUGUUGUUGUCCUCCCUGUGUGGUCAUGGCUGGUCAUCGAGAGCGGCGUGUUGGCCUACAGAAUGGAGCCAGACGGUGAGUGAGUCACGCGUGCUCACGAGAGAGGGAGAGCGAGGGCAGAGAAGCAGGGUCACACACACGCAAACCAAGCGCCCCUUCUGUGUGUUGGGCUCUGUGUGAGUGAUGGCGCUCUGUGUGUGUCAUGCAGAUGGCGAGUGCAUUCGGAACGGCCGGAGGUCAGCUGCGUGCGCGGCGGCGAACAACGUCACAGUGGCCCCGCCGCCCGGCGCCUCGUGCUAUGAGUGGAACUACGACUACAUGGGCAACAACCUGACCGAUCCCGUCACCGUCAGCACCAUCGGCAUGGUCGACCAGAUCAGCGAGGCGCCCAACGCCACACUCGACAUCAACGCCCUCGGCCACAUGGUGGCGCGCCCAUAGUAAGCACGUUCGCACAGGCAUACCGAAACCUUUUCGUGAGUGAGUGAUUGCAUCAAUCGCACCUACGACACGACCUGUCUGUGUCUGUGUGUGUCACGUGUGGCUGACUGGCUGGCAGCGACUGCCAGCGCGGAUGUCAGAGUUAUGAUGGUUGCGAGGCGUGGACCUUCUCGAAGGUGGAGGGGUGUUACCUCAAGUCGUCGGCAGCGGGGCGGCGGUAUGUGCCGGAGGACAACAGCGAGACCACCAGCAACUGGUAUGUGAGCGGCGCCAAGUACUCGACUGACUGCGACGGUACACUCACUGCAGACAGACAGACAUGAUGACAUACAUCUCCGCGAGCUCAUUAUCUGCUGCCUGCCUGGGUGGGUGUCUGUCUGUCUGUCUGCCUGUCUGUCUGUCUGUCUGCCUGUCUGUCUGUUCCUUUGUUUGACGCAUAUCUAAAGGUGGUCUCGUGAGUCCUUGCUACGAGUAUAACGUGAGUCCUCUCUGCCAUCCCCCACCCGUCACUCUCUCAUUUGGUGUGUCUUGUCGUGUGGUGUGCUAUGCGUGUGACUGACUGUGUUUGCAGGUGGCGUGCAUCCUGAGCGCCCCCCGGUCCCACUUCCCUGACGGCCGGGAGUCGACCACCAUCCACGAGUGCCACGAGGUAGGCACCACACACACACACACACACACACAGAGAGAGAGAGAGAGAGAUGAGAUGUGCGCUGGUGGCGUGUGUGUGGCUGCCUGCAGAUGUGCAAAGGGGUGCCCGGCUGUCUCGCCUUCGCCUGGCACGACCGGUACCCCCGCAAGGGCAAGGUGCUCAGGGGCGUGUGCUUCCUAUGCGGCAACAAAGACAGGUAGGUCUGGUCCACACAAAGCAAGCAAGAAUCAUGAAUUCCAUCCGCUUUGUCCUCUCCCCUUUUGGUGUCUGCUCUGCAUCUCCAGGAAGAUGUGCUCGCCAGGCGCGGUGAUGGGGUGGGUUGAGGGCCGCGACUGCGGGCCAGCGGAGGGCACGACCUUUCCCCCAGCCCCCACGCCGCCGCUCGACACAGACGGCCUGCACCUCAUGGCCGCUGAUCCAUCUCUCUAUUACGGCCUGCCGAUCGGCGAGAACGCCCGAGCACUCGGCAAGGGCGGAACACAAGAGGAGAAGGCGUUCUUGAGAGGCGACCUUGGGGCACCGCCGUAUCUGACGGAGCCGCUGCGUUAUGCGGUGCGGGCGAAUGACCUGGCCCGUGUGGAGCUCAAGAACUGCGGCUGCUUCCAUCUGGGCGUGCAGCCGGACCCUCAGACGUCGCAAAUCGUCCAGAAUCUAGCACUGUGAGCGCUCGUCCACGAUUCAUCGCACCCCAACCACACACACACAGAGUGUCUGUCGGUGCUAAGUGAGUGCUCGUGUCUGUCUGCCAUGUGUGUGUGUGUGUGGUGAAGGUUGGUGUACCCCCCCGAGCAGUGCCAGCUCCUUUGCCAGCAGGAUCCCGACUGCGAGGCCUUCUCGUCCACCUUCUAUAAGUGCCUCUUGUGGAGGGACGUCACGCAGUGGAACCUCGACCAAAUCGAAGCUGUGAUCAUUUCGGGGCCCAAGUGGUGCCCGGAGGAGCUAAUCGGUACGCAGAGAGAUGUGUGUGUGUGUGCGCGUGUGUGCGUGUGUGAGUGUGUGUGUGUGCGUGUGGGCGUUGGUUGCAAUGCAGCUCAGGGGUACGUGUGCAGCCUAGACCACUACCGGGCGAGGUUUACCUCCUGGGCGCUUUUCUUGCUGCACAUUCCCGACAUCACCGACAUGCCUUUCGGAGAGAGCUGCCCCGUCCAGGUAGACUAGACAACACGCAAAAACCAACACACAGAUGACUGUCUGUCUGUCUGUCUGUGUCACCAGGUGAAUCCUAGUGUGUUGAUAGUGCUGCUGGUGGCGGGUGUGGUGGUGCUCAUGGCGUUCCUGUCGGCUUGGUACAUGAAGAGGCAGCACCGGCGGACGGUCAUAUGGCGCGUCGUGACGGCAGUGCUGGCCGCCCUCGGAACGAUUCUACACGGUCAGCUCAGCUCAGCUCAACGGCCGCAUCAAUCAACGUUCGGUCUUUGUUUCGAUGGGUAUGUUGUGUUGAUGGCUGUCUGUGUGUCUGUGUGUCUCUGUGUCUGUGUGUGUGUGUGUGUGCAGUGGCGUUUGUGGUGUCGUUGUUUCGUCUGUCGGGCAACGGGUGGCUCUUUUGGUUUGGGUGCGGACACUUCCUCUUCAUGAUCCUCUUCGAUGAAAUCACUGUCGUCCUCUACAACCUGAGAUGGGUAUAGCACCAACUCCCCCACACCCACACCCACGCCCAUGAUCCAUUCUCUCUCUCUCUCUCCCUCUCUCUCUCUCCCUGUCUACGUGUGUGUGAUCCCCCCAUUGGAUCAAUCAGGUCAUGAGCCAGCCCUCCUACCGGACCUGGUUCGACUCCACCCCCCGCUCUCUCAACGCCACGAAACACACCACCAACAGCGGCACCACCACCCCGUUCACCAACAUUUUUGACCAGCUGAGCAGCAGCCAGACCCAAAGCCAAAGCGAGCGGAGAGAGUGGAAGCUGAAAAAGUCCGUCACCUUCGAGGCCGUCCACCAGUCACCGCCGCCACCAUCACCGCCUGUGCAGGAGGGCAACAGCAGCAACAUCGUGCCAGACACCGACGACGACCUGGUGUCCUACUGCCCGUCGUUCAAUGUCAGCGAGCUGUCCGACGAGGCCGUGUUCGGCCCCUUCCAGCACGAGCAGGCCCCACAGCUGCUCGACAGCACACAAGACAAUACAGAGGACACCCAGCCCUCGACCACCAGCAGCUGUGGAUCCACAGCUGUCAGACUGACCGACAGCUGCCCGGUUGUCGAUGUCAAGUUCUUCGCAGCCGAAUCCACCGAGUGCGGCUCUGCCCAACACACCGACAUGACCGAGUUGAAGGUGGCGAUGGCAGAGCGAGGCGCCACAGAGGAGUGGGACGACGAGAGGGCCUUUGGCGGCAGCGGCCCGGGGCUGGUGGUGGUGCUCUUUGCGAGUUUUUUCUCAAUCGGCGUUCUGCAUCUGUGCUGGAGCCACCUGGUCCCCAAGAAGCCGUUCUUCGCUAUCCCAGUGGCUUCCGACCAGUUCGCUUCGCUGGAGCUGCUCUCGCUGGUGGGGUAUGUGCCCAUGCUGACCUUACAAGUGAGUCAGCAGAGACUACAACACAACCACAGCACACCUUGUUUGUCGUCGUGUGUCCUUCAUUAUCCCCCGUGUGUGUGGUGUGUGUGUGGUUUGUCUGUCUGUCAGCUUCUGGCGGUGUUUAUGAGUGGCGGGGACGGAGUGCUGGCCGAUGUGAUGCCGGCGGUGACUUUGACGGCUGCUCUGCUGUCGGCGAUAAGCAUAGCGGGGGUCGUGGUGCGGUUCGUGUGGUGGCGACUCAGGAAGGGAGAUAUGAGCAGAUAGAAAAGGCCGACGAGAGAGGAGACAGCCAGAGAGAGAGGGAGGGAUAGUCUCUCUGGUGUGGUGCUACGGUGUGGUUCGACUCGACGUGGCUUCGGUUUGUAUGGGUCGGUGCGGUCGGUGCUGCAGUGGGUCUGUCUGUCUGUCUGUGAGUGAGUGUGUCGUGUCUAUUGUCGUUUUUUCUUCAUCCGUGAGGAUUUCCUUCAUGUGGGCGACCGACGCGUGGUCAGGUCGGACGGGCGGCGCGCGGGUCGCGUUUUUGUCAUCUAUCUAUCGGGUGGGGUGCUGCCUCCCCUGCACGGUGUGUUUGUGGCGGGCAGUGAGCAGCGAUAGCGUGUGGGACGUGUGCAGACCUGCACACCCAACGCCUACCGGCAGGCCAGCCAUUGUGUGUGUGCUGCAUACAUACAUACGUCAGUCAUAUGCAUCGCAUCCACCGUCCUUCAUGCUGGUUGGUGCGUCGGAGAGUGUGCGUGUGCACGUGUGUGUGGAGUGCUGGUGGCGUGAGGAUGGUGAGGGGGAGGAUGUGUGGUGUCGUCUCUUAUGUAAGAGUAGGUGGCCACCCACCAUGUGUCUGUCCUUCGUACGAUCGUGCAGCGGCUGUUGUCGUCUUGUUGUGAUUUACGCGUGUGAAGAGCUAGAGAAGUAUGCGUGUGGCAGACAGAGGGGGAGAGAGAGAGAGAGAGUGCGAGCUCGGUCUUUAUAAGUGUCUUCCUACCAUCCCUAUCUCGGUCGUGAUUGGCGUCAGAUUCGUGUGUGUGUGUGUGUGCGGAUUCGUGACUGCUCUUUGUGGGCGGCGUGUGCCUGUGUUAUUUCAAGCCUGUACGUGGGACAUUUUUCCUCCCACACACACGCAUGUGUCGACCGACAGAUGUGUGUGGUGUGGGUUCAUCCGUUCAGUCAGCCAGCCUGUCGUCUGAGACAAGUCAGGUCACUCGCCCUUUCGUUGUGUGAUGCAGUUGGUGAUGAGGAACGAACGAACGAGUGGGCUGCAUGUUUGGCUGCCUCUGGUGAUCCUUCUGACUGGAGAGAGAAGCAGAGUCAAUCUAUGGGCCUGAGGGAGCGAGGGAGGGAGGGUGUGUGGCUACAGCCAACACACUGCAUGCCUUGGCGGAGAGCGAGUCUCACUGUAUGGAUCCGCGGAUGGUGUGGGUGUAGCAUGGUGUGGUGUGAUGUCGCCGUCAGUCAGUCAGUGAGCGAGCCAGACGGGCUUUUUUGGCUGGCAUGUGGCGAAGCCCGGACAGACAG